AGUCUAUACCGUUUCGUUAAAUUUGUUCGGAGUUCCUCGCGAUUCUUGUUUCGGCGAUUGUCGGACUCGGCGAAUUUUUUCGGAUCGGUGUGCGAGUUCGAAAUUCACGCGUGAAAAUGCCGACUUCGCGCGAGCUGAUCGUCUGCGGUUUAACGCUGAUUCUGAGUCGGUCUUUUGGCGAAGAUCUGAAACUGGUUCAGGUGAUUUUUCGACACGGCGACAGAGCGCCGAAUUUCGAUUCGAUAGAAUUUUACCCGUUGGAUCCGUACGCGAACGAAACUUGGUAUCCUCACGGCUGGGACGGUCUGACCAACGAGGGUAAAAGAAGAGCUUACGACCUCGGCGUAUUUUUGAAAGAAAGAUACGGCGGAUGGCUGGGCGAUAUUUAUCUAUCGAACGAAGUGGAAUUUCGAAGCAGCAAUAUGGAGCGAACAAUUAUGUCGGCGCAACUUGUUGCCGCCGGACUUUUUCCGCCGACGAGAAUUCAGAGGUGGAAUGAAAAUUUGAACUGGCAACCGAUACCGGUAUUCGCGAGUCCCACGAGUAUGAAACGUUUGUACGCUACCCACAUGCAAUGUCCUCGUCUCGUCGCCAUGCGCAAUGAGAUACUCAAAACUGACGCCCAUCUGAUCCAACGCAACGAAGAGCUGAAGGAGUUCUAUGAAUUUUUAACUCCGAAAAUCGGCAGGACCGCGGGGCAACUCGAAACCUUCCUCGUUUACCAUCAGCUUGUUUCAGAGCUCUACGCGAACCUGCCGUUACCCGAAUGGACGAGAGGUAUUUUUCCCGAAGGACGAAUGGAGAGGGUCGCUUCGUACCAGUUUAUCGUUAAUUCUUACAACAAGUCGAUGAUCCAGUUGGAAGGAGGCGUGUGGAUUCGAGAACUGUUGAAUAACGUCGAUAGCUAUUUGAACAAAUCCCAGAGCGCGAGCAGGAAAGCAAUUUUCCACGGGGCUCACGAGUACAACAUCGCCGCGAUUCUGAUCGCCCUAGGAGUCUUCGAACAACACGUUCCAUUCUACUGCAACACCAUCAUGUUCGAGCUCUCGAAAAUAGAUGAGGACUUCUACGUCAAGGUUUUGUACAAACGCAAGGACUCCGUCGAAGAACUGGUCAUCCCAGGAUGUGGCGCUGCAAAUUGUCCCUUGGAAACGUUUCGCCGGAUGGUGGAAGACGUCGUUUUUACCGGUGAUGUUGAAGCCGCGUGUCGGAUGAAAAACUAAAAAAAUUCAGAUAACAAAAAUCGAAUGAUAUUUCGUAACGAAGAUGUAUUUUAUUGCGGCCGUGCAUCGAUCAACGUAUUUCACGAUCGAAGACAGACGAAAUUCCGAGCGCAUUCAGCCGGUCGAGAGAAGGUGAUUCAAAUUGUAUGCAGAUUCGCGAAUGAUAUAUCGUGUCAAAAAUUUUCAUAUUUUCGUUAAAUUUUCGUUUAUCCCAGAGUCCUGCGGCGCUCGCGAACACCGCUACGUCGUUUGCUUGAUGCGAUAAUAAAUGCGACCGAAGUUAUUUUCACGUUAACUGCAGCAGUUGCAGAAAUUCACAGACGAUUAAAUCAUCAAAAAAGAAUAUCAUUACGAACAGUUAUUUAGACAUAUUUCUACCGUUCCGUAACAGAAGUUAUAACCCGUGAUGUAUGUACAAAUUCAAAAAAAAAACUACGAUACAUUUGACCGAAAACUUUCCGAGAGGAAAAAUGAAACCUCCUUCGCUUCAGCGCCCACAAAUUUGUACGAACUUUUGAACGAGCUGUUUCGAAUACAGAGAUAGGGAUCUGAAAAAUGUAAAAACCAAAAAUGAAAAAAGAAAACGAACUAUACCGCAGAAAAAAAUAAAAAAGUCAGGCGUUCAACCGGGA